CCAGAACCUAGUGGUAUUUGCGGGGCCUUGUCGUGGAAAAGUUUGGGAACCCCUGGAUCAUAUCAUUGUUCUAUCAAGUCUGCAGUCUUUCCCAUGCUUGUGGUUGUGUUUACUGAACCAGACUAAGAGUUUUAGGCUCAGUAUAUGUUGAGAUAGGCCUACUCAUUUUUGGUGGCUUGAAAUAUAAAUUGAAAUGGCUUGAAAUAGUUCACAUCUAAUGAAUCUAGAAUAAAUGAAAGAUUUACUUUUUGAAAUAAAUUAGGGGGGGGAAAUGAACUUUCCCGUUAUAUUAAAGCGCAUUUUUUAUGCUUUUUCUCACAAAUGAUCUUUAAUUUUUUCUAAUUCAUUUUUGUUGCUUGAGGUGGGUUCUGCUGAUAUAUUAAGAACACUUACACUACACAUUUGGAUACCAGGACCCCUGACCUUAAAUUGUAAAACUGAAAGUAAUUUUGCGCUGAGCCCAGCCAAUUCAUUGGACCAUUCGCGCAAUGCAACCUAGCGGCGAGCACACCGCAUAUGCCGCUUCCUGUCAUCAGUAUAGGCGCGUAUGGCGAUUUGAUUAAGGAAGUAGGCCUGAUAACUUUAUCUUUAUGACUUCCUACUUAUUUUGCACAGCCGAACAUACUGUAGGACAAGUGUGUAACUCCGUAGCCUAGAGCAAUGGAGACCAUUUCAGGAGAAGUCAGUCCAACAGCUGCCUCGGUGGACGAUAGCACUGAAUUUAAGUUGCUCCAGGCAUACUGCACCAGGCGGAAAAAGAGGAGUUCUAAAAGAAGAAGCGCUUUGAACGAGUCGCUGGUCACUCCACUGAAGUUACCCCACCACACUUCUCAACUCAAGCCAAACCAGAAAGCUGUAGGAUCGAGUGGUUUAAGACGUGUUGCCCAGGGACUAGCCCCACCGGAUGAGUUGGGCAGUGUUGCUGACAAGCUUACCCAGAUCGCCGACAAUGUAGACCUCGUUCCUGAUGUAGUGACUGAUAGCGAUGGUAUUUCGUCUAAUGCAGAUCUUAUCCAGAAACUUGUUGAACUCCUGAGGGAAGCUGGGGAUGAACUGGAUGGAAAGCUUAAAAAGAACCCAGAGCUGGUCAAACAGCUCCAAGGCUCCUUCUCUUACAGCUUAUUUGAGAAGGUAACCAAGACUUUCUUGGACUGCGUUGUCCCCUCCUGGGCUGGUAGUACACAUGGCACCCAGCAGGCCCAGAUAGCCAUGACCUUUGAGGUGACUAGCAGGCUCUCGACUCUGGAUGUGCAGCCCAUGAACCGAAUUAUGGGCUUCGGAGCCCAUUUCCUGCAGCAGAACUUCUCUGGAUGGGUGCAGAAGUAUGGAGGCUGGGAGAAAGCCUUUGAUGGGCAGGACGAUGAAGAUGAGGUCCAGUCUUGAUCACAGUGACUUUGAGAAACAUACUGAGGACACAACAUGCCAGGACAAGCCAGUCAAUGACUCCACUGUAUGAAUUCCAUUAAUUGAUUGUUGAUUAUACUGUAUUUUCUUAUCAGAAUUUCUCUUUUAAUACUGUUUUUUUUUGUUAUUAAUGUUUUUGUUUCUUUUUUAUGUUUGUUUUUGACUCUGCUGUCAUGUGACAGCAAAACAUGAAUAUAAAUGUGAAGAGCUUUCUUGAAAAUUAAGAGCUCAUACACGUUCAGGAAAUUGUAUGCUAUAGUAAGCGUCCUUAAAUAAAGUGUUGAUGAUUACAAUGUUUUCAUAAGAAGAAAACCAGCAUUAUAUAAGAGGGCUCUGCAAUGACUCAUUGCCACUGGCCUCACACUGAAAUGGCUGGGUCUGUGUUGCCGAAUAAAACCUUAGGUCUUAUGACACUUGA